AUUGAAGAGGCUGUGUGUUGUGGCAUGGUUGGAAGGUGGCAUGAAUUGGAGUUCCGUGAAUGGCACUACACGUUGCACCUGGCAAGCGUGAUGAGGUCCCGGCCGAUCCUCGCAAUGCUGGGUGCACAAAAGAAGCACAAGGACAUCGAAAGGUUUAGUGAAAUGACUCUUGGAACAGGUGCAUGGUUUCCAGAAGGGAAACCCGUGUCGAAAUUGGAAGCAUGCAUGGAGGUCGAAACUAUCAGCAAAGCUCAUUCCAGCAGCAAACGAUCUGGGCAAAACCUCUUCUUCGUGCAUCCAACAGUGUCUUCCUUUGUGUCAGCGAUCACGCACUUGCUGCCUGCUUCAUCAUGCCAACUUGAAUUCAAUUGAAUUCAUACGACCAUGCAGUAGGGUACAGGCUUAGGUCAAUACUUUGCAAGCACUCCGCAUGGACAUUGUGCGCAAAAAGUUGCGACGAACACUGUUUUUUGGGGGUUUACUACUGUCAUUGAGUGCCGCUGUCCUUUUUUUCGCAGAGCCUGCAGCGCAACGGUACCAUCAUUGUUUAGCACAAAAUGGCGCUGUUCGGCCGGUUGUCUUCCAUCGACGACGACUGGGGGAACUUUUCUAGUCUUCUAGGCUAUAGAAUUCCAGCCCGAAUCCAUUCGUAUUUCUGCCAGAACAUGGUUUUCACGCCCAACCCUGGAAUUCCUGGAAUUCUCGCCCGAAUUCUCGCUCAUGAUCGAUAUGUUCUGCGAGUGAUGCUGAAUAGACGCAGUGCAGCUUGAGUCUUUAAUACCCACUCAAUCACACGAAUUCUCGCCCGAUCACAAAAGUUCACGCCCGAAUCACGUUGAAAUGUGGAAAAUUGCUUUGCAACUGCAGAUUUGGAACUUAGGCGUUUUGCAACUAAUCUGCAACAUUUGCCCGAAAAAACGAUUUCUGCCCGCAGGCAGUUUUUGAGGACAUACCCUGGUUUAGUCCGGUUUUCUUGAACAGGCAGAAAUGUGAGCCUGAAUGCGGGUCCAAGUAUAGUUGGAUAUAAUUGGCCAUCUACAAUCAAACCUUGGCUAUCUUCUCCAUCUGCUCCCAGUUGAUUGAGCAUUCCCCAUCCCCCCAGUCGAUGAUUUUUGUUUUCCAUCUCUUGACUAUGUGAUACGUUCAGAGUGAUAUCGGAAUUGCAUUGACUUGUGAGCUUGGCUAUCCAUGCCACGCACCUGAUUGCCAGCAACCCUUUUGGACAUUGAUGCCACAGUUUCACUGGAAUCACCUUAGGCGAAGCCAGCUAACUGUAAACUGGGCUGCAAGGUCCUCUCUUUUCGUACGUAGCAUGUUCAUUCCCAACCUUCUUUUGUCAUUCUAAGGCUUUUGCAAUAGCCAUGCAUCUCACAUGUGUUUGGAAGAGUGUGCUGGUGUCAAUGUCAAAGGUGAUCCCAUUUUCCACAUUCAUGUUUGCACCCAAACAUGGGUUUCCGCAUGUCAUUCAUCCUAGAAACCAACAUGGAAACAAAGUUUUUCAGCCAAAAGACUGUGGCAGUCAUGUUCUUUCAAAACGAGCUGGAAACUUCUUUCUGAAAACAACAUUAACCUGCACCACCCUCCGGAUCUGAGGGGCGCUCGGGGCCGAGGCUGAGCGACCCUCCGGACUGCUUUCCGGAGCGUGAGAAGCUGUGCCGGG